UUAGAGUCAGGCAGUUGAUAUUUAAAAUGUGGGUGCUGCUGGCUGUGAUUGCGCUUGCUGCAGGUAAAAUUCAAAAUGAUCCAGCUGGACAACAAAUUUUGAGUUUUAAGCAGAAAACCUCGGGUCCCAUCGGCGUUAUGACAACCAGCGCCGGAGCACCGAUAGAAUAUAAAGAUGCCACAAACACACUCAAUGCUCGUCUUAUAUUUAAUGAAUAUUUCAUGGACACUAUGACUCAUCUAGUUCGAGAAAGAAUACCUGAAAGACUGGUUCACGCUAAAGCUGGGGGAGCGUUUGGAUACUUUGAAGUUACUCACGAUAUAUCUGACAUUUGCACGGCUAAAGUAUUCAGUCGAGUUGGAGAGAAGACACCAAUCGCUGCCAGAUUCUCACCAGUUGUAGUCGAAAGAGGUGGCAUUGAUACUUCCAGGGACGCUCGAGGUUUUGCUCUAAAAUUCUAUACUGAAGAUGGAAAUUUCGACAUUGUCGGAUUUAACACUCCAAUGUAUGUCUAUAAAGAUCCUCUACUGUUCCCUACUUUCGUAAGAGCCCAAAAACGAAACCCAGCAACUAACUUAAUUGAUGGGAACAUGCUUUGGGAUUUUCUAACUCUCCGCCCAGAAAGUCUUCACAUGUUUUUACUUGUCUUUGGGGAUCGUGGUAUUCCGGAUGGGUACAGACAUAUGCCUGGAUUUGGGAUCCAUACUUAUGAAGUAGUUAAUGAAAAAGGUGAUAAACACUUUAUUAGAUUUCAUUUUUAUCCUGAUGCUGGUAUCAAAAAUCUACGUUCAAAAGAUGCAAGGAAGAUUGCCGGUGUAGAUCCGGACUAUGCAACAAGAGAUUUGUAUAAUGCAAUUGGAAAUGGAGAUUUUCCGAGCUGGACUGCUAGCAUACAAGUUUUGUCACUGGAAGAUGUCAAGAAAGCAGGAUUUGAUGUCUUUGAUGUAACAAGGGUGUUACCUUUGGAUCGCUAUCCUUUAAGACCUGUAGGAAAGUUUGUUUUAAACAAGAACCCUAUAAAUUAUUUUGCUGAAAUUGAACAGUUGGCUUUCAGUCCUGCGAAUUUGGUGCCAGGUAUACUUGGCGGGCCUGAUAAAGUUUUUGAAGCUCGAAGGUUUGCUUACAGAGAUGCUCAGCUGUACAGGUUGGGAGCUAACUUCAACAAAAUACCUGUGAAUUGUCCAGUACAGGCCACUGUAUUAACCUAUAACCGUGACGGCGAACCACCAGUGAAAGACAACGAGAAAGAUAUCCCCAAUUAUUAUCCCAAUUCCUAUAAUGGACCAGAAGCGUAUAAAGAUAAGAACAGGGUUGAACUCACAGAGAUAUAUCAGGAUGACCCGAAUAAUUUUGCUCAAGCUAGAGAGUUGUACGUUAAUGAGAUGACGAAACAGGAGAGAAGUCGUUUGGUGGAGAAUAUAUUGUAUAGUAUUGGGCCCGCAGCAAAGUUCCUUCAGGAGAGAGCGGUGAAGUUGUUUACCAUAAUCCAUCCAGACCUAGGCAGUAGGAUACAGCAGGGUCUCAUAGCUAAUAGAACGAGCAGUACGUACUACGAUAAUUAUGAUGAGGAUUACUAUUAAAAUUUGCUAGUAUAUUUACAUAUUUUCUAUGUAAAAGUUAUACUGUCGCAUGUUGUUAUUAUCUCUGCAGUAACAAGUUGUCAUAAUGACACUAUUAAAGACAAAGUGACAAAAUUGUUAAUAAAUAUGUAAAUGAGAGUGAAAUGAUCAAGGCAUUAAGAAAUAAAGGACACUUAAACAAUAGCGUAAAGUACGAUAAUCGUGAUCGAAGUCAGGAGUGAACAGGAAC